AUGCCGGUCACCGUAUUUACCAAUGGGCGCGUAUUUCACCCAGAGUCCUCGGGUAAUAGCUUUGCCUCAUCCCUAGUGAUUGACGGGUCCCAGAUUUUGUACGUGGGCUCCGUCAAUGACGAGCGGGUUCGCCAGGCUCAAUUGAAAGGGACCACCGUCGACUUGAACGGUCGGGCCAUCCUUCCUGGGUUUAUUGAUGGCCAUGUACACAUUCUCAACUUCGGCUUAUCCUUGCAGAAGCUAGAUCUCCUGCAGUGCAAGUCGCUGAGUGAGAUCCGCGAUGCAAUCAAGUCUUACGCUGCACAAAAUCCUUCCGAGCCGCGAAUCCUCUGCCGCGGAUGGCUGCAAGUUGUCACUGGCGGUACAGCUCUGGCAUCUGCGAUAGAUGAUCUAGAUCCUCGACCGAUCUAUAUUGAAUCCCUCGAUCUGCACUCGACUUGGUGCAAUAGUGCCGCAAUCAGGGAGCUUCAGGUAGAUUCAAUGUCCGACCCACCAGGAGGCACCAUUCAUCGCCUUCCGGAUGGCCGACCAUCUGGUUUGGUGGACGAGGCGGUGCAAUUUAAUGUCGUCUGGCCGUUCUUGAAUCAGGCUGCGUCAGCAGAGAAAAGGAUAGCAGCGAUUGAGGCAGCAUUGUCGGCCCAUCGUAGGGCUGGGUACACCGGCCUAGUCGACAUGGCCAUGGACGAGAUGAACUGGGAAGCGUUGAAUUUGUAUCGCAAUCGAUAUGGUGAUCCCCCUUUGCAUAUCGGGGCCCAUUGGUUGAUCCCGUAUACUCGUGAUCAUGCGGAGUUUCAUCGUGUCAUCGAUCGAGCAAUUGAAUUGCACAAAGACUACAACUCUGCCAAUUCCCCCGCAUUACGGAUCAAUGGAAUUAAACUCAUAUGUGAUGGAACGGUGGAUGGUUGCACUGCAGGCCUGCUCCAGCCUUAUGGUGGCCUUACAGAUCUGGUUGAACCGAUCUGGCCUGCACCAGCCAUGAAAGAGGCCGUACAACGAGCCACGAAUUCUGGUUUGCAGUGUGCCCUUCAUGCCAUAGGCGACCGGACGGUCCGUGAUGCCAUCAAUUGUCUUUCUGAAGUCCAAAAUCUUCGCGACUGUCGCCAUCGUAUCGAGCACCUUGAACUCACAACGCCUGAAGAUGCCAAGCGACUAGGAGAUCUCGGUAUUAUUGCUUCGGUUCAGCCGGUUCAUUCGGACCCGGCUACAUUCGGCGCGUGGCAAGGGCUUAUUGGCGAACACCGCUGCAAUCGAGCAUUUGCCUACCGGGACUUUGCCGACAGUGGUGCACCCUUAGUAUUUGGUACCGAUGCACCUACCGCAAAGCAUCUGCCUUUGCCAAACCUUUACAAUGCUACUACACGCCGUUCAGCUCUUGAACCUACCAUGACUGAGACAGUUAAUGCUCAAUUUGCUCUCCCUCUUGCCACCGCGGUCUCUGCAGCUACAUCGGGGGCGGCCUUUGCGGGGUUUGCCGAUUCGUGGACUGGAAGCUUAAGGCCAGGCCUACAAGCUGAUUUCGUGAUAAUUGAUAUGAAUUGGAAUCCUGAUAAAUUGCUAGAAGCCCAAGUCUGUCAAACUUGGUACAAAGGUGAAAAAGUGUUUGAUAUUGCUGACGGUGUUUGA